CAUCAUUCUUCCCCUUCGCUGCUUCUUCAUCUCUCGGACUGCGGCUAUUCCAGCGGCCUAGGCGUCGAUCGUGCCAUGUCAUUACCUCUGCUGAUUUUGGUAACUGUACAUACUUGUCACGGACAAGGCCAAGGACUGCUUGGACAGAUACUUGGUGGCAUUGCGAACGGUGGUGGAUGGGGUAACCAAGGUCAGGCAGGAUGGGGUAAUCAAGGCCCUGGAUGGGGAAAUCAAGGACCAGGCGGACCUAGAGGUUGGGGAGGACCAGACGGGCCACCAUUUCCUGGUGGUCCUCCUCACCAUGGUGGUCCACAUCAUCGUGAUGGUCCUCCACCUCCUGUGGGUCCACCUCCUCCGGGUGGUCCGCCAAUGCGCCAGUUUCCUCCGCCGCCAAGAGGGCCGCCGCCUCCAUGGUCACCACCAAAUGGUCCGGGACCUGGUUCUAUGGGCGACAGAUUGAGUCAAUUUGGGGAAGCCCUCAGUGAAGCCGCAGAAGGAGUUGGCAGAAUGGCAGCAAAUGUUGCGGACGGUCUAAUUGGCAUGAAUGGAGAAGACAUUAUUCAUAGUUUACGUGGCUGGGGACGUGGUCCACCUCCUCCCGAACACAUAUGGCGAAGACGUGCACGAAGAUUCUGUAGACGAUUUCCUGGGCAUCCUAGAUGCAGAGGCGGUAACAUUCCGAUGUUUGGCGAGAUCCAGAACAUCAUUCAAACAGUCCUUAGAGAAGGAGGACAAUUCUUACCGAGGGUACCAAGGCUCUUCAUUCGCGAUCCUUUGCAAGGUGUAAAUCCAGAUCUAGUCAACGCAGCCAGAGAAUUUAUGUUCCGUCUUGGUGCUAUACCUCCAGAAGCGGGUGUUCAUAUCAGAAAUGUGUGCCGAAGCUUUAAAUGCAUGGAACAACCACCGGACCAGAUAGCCUUCAAAGAGACGGUAGUCAAGAAGCUUUACGAUUUCGAAAAGACUGUGACUGGAAAGGAUAAUACUGACAAUAUCAAUCUUCGGUUGGAUAGGACCAUGCAAGUCAAGCAAGCACUUCUUGAAAGGGCUAAUCUGUCGGGUGUGGUGAUAGCAGCUGACAACGGAGUGUUUGACAAAGACGUCCUCCUGACCGAGAAGCAAGCUCACUUCCUUCUUAACGAACUUGGUAAAGGAGGUGUUGGUACUGAUGAGCCACCACCGCCACCGAGUGCUGACGACAGCAUCGCUAAGGUCAAGAGAGCCUCAGUGUUCUUCGAAGAGAAUCCUGUACAAAAAUGGGAUCCGAACACACCGAUACCAUACACCUUCGAUGAUACUUUGGCUGAGUAUGAUAAAGAUGACGUGCGCAGUGCCCUGAGGGAGAUUGAGCAAAAAUCUUGCCUACGUUUCCAAUAUGUGGAAAAACCUACGGGUUACCAUAUCAACUACAUAAAAAUCGACAAUCCAACUUUCUGCGGUCUUUCGUAUAUAGGAAGGACGGAGCCGGCUAAUCCCAUUUACCUCAGUUUCCUAUGCGGAACAGCUCGAGGAAUAGCCUUACAUGAAACACUUCAUGCUCUUGGUCUUAAUCAUCAACACUUGAGGAUGGACAGAGAUAAACAUCUCACGAUUGAUUGGAGUAAUAUCAAUCCACAGCAUUACGACUAUUUUGUCGUUGCUGAUUCAAAAAUGUUCACAACCUACGGAAUAAAAUACGACUACGGUAGCAUCAUGCACUAUAACGCUUAUACAGGUGCCGUAAAUAUUGCAAAGCCGACGAUGAUACCAAAGGUCGACCCAGAACGGAAUCUUGGACUUUUGGGACAACGAGAUGGAAUGAGUGCUGCUGAUGUCGCCAUAUUGAAUAAAAUGUAUUGUAUACCAAAUUGCGAUGAUACGAAUGUCUUCUGCGGUGCAUGGGCUCUCAAAGAUUUGUGCAAUCAUCCGAAUCACAACAGAUGGAUGGGAAAAAACUGCCGAAAAAGCUGUGAUUUCUGUACUGCUGGUUGAGAACGAUAGUAGCUGUGAUAUUAUAGUAUUUAUUGUUAAUAAUGUUGUUAUGAUCUCGCAUUUCUUUUUGAAUGGAGGUGUGAAAGUAUAAAGUGUCAUAGACC